UUUUUCCAACUAUGUUACAACAAAUUUUAAUUUUUUAUGUUUUCUAGUCAUAAUACGGAUGUAGAAAUAUUCUACUUAAACCAAAUUGUAAUAGUAAUUAAUGUACAAUAAAAUUGUUGUGGAGUGAAAAUUAUUAAACUUUGGCAUAGUGUGAAUAAUUUGCCGUAUAUGGAUCUAGAUUUAUAAAAAAUAUUGGCAAUAUAAAAUUUGAUGUUUAUUUAAAACAAUAAUAAAACAAAUUGAAAUCAAUAAUACGACCUAAAGCUAAAAGGUGCGAUAUCAAAGGAUUAGUCAUAUCUUAUUUGAUAUAAAAAGGUGUCAUCUGCUGGAAAUAUAUAUAGUCCUUUAAUAAAAUAACGCUAUUUCUCGUUAAGAAAAACUAAUUGACUUACAGGAAUUAACUACAAGUUGUUGUCUUCUUCAUUUGGAUCAAAAAGUUAAAGCAACCGAAUUCUAUAAUUCAAAUUUCGAUUGGAAUUGUUGAUUGACAAUAACUGCAUUGAUUAAUUUCUGGUCACAGUUUUGAAUAUAAACACUUGAAAGUGGUAAUAAGUAAACCUAUAAAAAUGUCUAAUGAAGAUGGAAGCGAAGAUCGUCUCACAAAGAGUGAGUUUGCUGAAUUAAUUCAGCAUUUAUCGGUGCAAGAAAUUCUAUCAAUAGAGUAUCGUAUUGGUACUAAAUGGAGUAAGUUGUUUUCGCGUAAUAAUGUGUCACCACAGCUAUUUGUAUGCAAUCUAUGUGUUCUUGAUACGAGUUCAUUUAAAAAUUUGCUUGCACAUAUAGAUGGUAGAAAACAUAAACUACAAAUGGAAAGAGUAAAUCAAUUAUAUCACUCUGAUUAUACAUAUCCUAAAUGUAAUAAGAAAGAGCUUGUAGAUAAAACUCUAACAAAAUUUUCUGAAAAUUCUUCAUCAAGUUCAACAUUCAAGGGUGUUCCAAAUAAGACAUCCCUAGCAACAGGUAAUGAAAAAUUGGAAAACAAAAUGCUGCAAAACAAGACAAAAACUAAAUCAAAUAUCAAUUUAGGUAAUAAUAAUGCUGAUAAAACUUGUAUAAUUAAUAACGAGAAUGAAACUAAUGAUUCGGUAAAGAUACAAUCAGCUAUCAUUGAGAAGGAAAGUGAAAAUGAUAAUGGGUAUGCAUGUAAUGAAAAAGAAAGGGAUAAAAGUUUGACUGCAUCUAAGAUUAUAAGUUCUGAUAAAUGUAAUCAGAAUGAAGCUAAUAAUGUCGAAACGGUAAAUCUAAAGCCUAAUAUCGAAGCGAAAUCAUCAAAAGUUUCGGAUUCGGAAAUAUUAAAUUUAGAGCGAAGUAUGAAAGAAAGAAAGCAGUUGUCCCCGAAAAUUGCAGAAAAAAUACCUUUGGCAGACAAUAAAACUGCAGAAGAAAAUAAAAAAGAGGUAAAUAUUGUAAUUAACUCGGCAGAGAAAAUCCCGGAAGAAACAAUACAGAAGAGUCCUGAUGUUUCAGAAAAAAGAUACUUGCCUGCCAAUAAAAUUGUAGAAAUGAAGGUAAAAAAAGCAAAGAUUGUAAUUAACCCAGCAGCUGCGUUAUCAUUAAAGGAAAACUCGAUAAAAACAAAUGAAAACAAAGAUGAAGAUGGCAAUGAAAAACACCAGUACCAGAAAAAUAAAAUUAUAAUACCAACCAUGCACAAAAGUAAAUCACAAAAAGAUAAUAAAUCUUCACCACCAUCAUCAAUGAGCACACCGUCUAAUAACCUGCCGAACUUUUCUGUGAAAUCAUACAGUUCUAAUCCCAGUGAUAACGAUAUUCAUGGAAUUUUAGGAGUGGAAUACGUUAUUAAAAUCCUAAAAAGUCGUCAUGACAUCUCCCCUCGUUAUGAAUGCGGUUUAUGUGAACUCGUACUUGAUGGAUUUGCCAUGCAAAAACAUCUGGAAGGAUACAAUCAUCGUUUGAAAUUUUGUGAAAAACAUUUUCCAACAGCAAUACGUCAUUAUCGGCAAUAUAUGCAAAAUAUUCCAGACUCUGAGUUGUUUAAAGUAAUGACACCAGUACUCGCAAAGCUGGCGGUAGCAAUUGAACAACAUCAUGGCAGAAAUUUACCAUACGAAUGUUACGAAAGAGAUUUUAACCUGAAUCGUCACGAAAUACUUGCAAAGGCAUUUUCGUGUCGACACGCCUCAGAACAGUAUGGUCCGACAUUCACUCAUGUAGUUGGAUCAAAGGAAAUCGAUGAAUUUAUUAAUAAUAGACACACGUAUUUUCCAACCUCAUCAUCUCGAACUACUAUAUUUGAUACGAAACCCGGCAGUACCAGUAGAAAAUCUGAUUUGCCUCAGCAAAAUUUUCGAACUGCUGACAAAGAAUAUAACUCACGAGAUCGCCAUCGACAUGCUGGAAGAGAAAAUUUAAUUUCAUAUGUAUCACAACGUGUAGACCAUACAUAUAAAUCAUAUAUGUCAUCUGGGUUAUAUGAAGAUAUAUAUCCCCCCGUAAUUACUUACAAUCAAGUAGAUAAUAGAAAUGUUACUCAACAAGUCGAUGAUGAAACAUACAAACUUAUGGUUGACGACUUUCUUAAGGGAACCUUAAAGGGUAUUUCAGGAACAAGUAAAUCGCGUGAUCAUCGCAAACGUUCCUCUUCUCCAGUGCAAAAUUUGAGCUUGGGAAAACGAAAAUCAUUAUCUCCUCUUCGUCAAAAUGAUAUUUGGCAAGCUUACCGGCACAUGGUUGAUCAGGAACUGCAUAACCUUGACGAACGAUUCAAACAAUAUCGUAUAGACCCUGAAACGCAUCCGUCUUACAAUGAUGAAUGGCAGAAGUUUUGGAAACGCCGUAAAGACGAGUUGGUAAAGGCCGGCCUUGAUCAUCGCAAAUAUAACUAUCAACCCGAGUGGGUGAGAUUCAUAAAAAUUCGCUUAGAAGAGUUGUAUGGACAAGAAGUUGAAAAUCUUAAAAUUAAGUCUCGCGAACGUCUUUGUCUUCCAUUGACAAAUGACAAUGUAACUGAACAAAAAUAUCAAAUUCAGACCCCGAAAAAUGUAACUUCUAACGAAACAACUACAUCAUGUAAUUCGGAUUCAACUGCCGGUUUAAACACUAAUCCAGCAUCAAUACCUUCUUCAGGAGACAACGUCCCACAGGUUGUAUCAGUAUUGAGGUUAAUGACAGCCCUAGAAGACAGCUUGGGAAGUUUGGGACCUAAAAUCAUAGAUCUGUUUUCAAAAGCUUUACAAGCUGAAAAAACGAAUCCUUCACAUGUUAAUGCAAUCAUACUCAAUGAUGAUAACUGUUCCUUGAUUGAAACAGCCAAAGAGAAGUUCAAGGGAUUAAUAAUCACUGGACUUUUCGAAGGAUCAAAAAAGAGAGUUUUGAAGCAGGUAGUCAACGAUGCAGAGGCUCUUCUCAAAUACGCUAACCAAUUUCGACAACUGUUGGCAACUCAGCGUUCAUCCAUUGAGUUUUCAAUAAAUCGAUCACAAAGCAAUUCAUCCUUUUUACUUGACUCCGCCUGCGUUAAUACUUCUGGUGCUCUUAAAAAUCAAGGAACAAAUCCUUUAGCAAAAAAAUCUCACACAUCGUUAUCCACAACUGAAAAUUUGCUUUCGGGGGUGGACAAGAAGGAAUUGGCAUCUAAGUUGGCUGCAUCGCUCGUAGCACAGGGAAAAACUGAUUUUGAUCCGCAACAGUUACAGCAGCUUAUUGCAGUUUAUAAAUUAAUUGAAAAAAAGAAACGUGAAAACGCAGGUAGUUCUCAAACCAACAAAAGUGGUUAUUCCUUGUCAGAAUCGGCUUCUUCGACUAAAAAAACUUUAUCUGAUACUCUCUCGGAUUUACUAAAAUCGCCUUCGCCAUCAUAUGCAAACACCGGGAGUGUCCAAAGUCUUCCUAGGGCACCUCAUUUAAAUCAAACAAUGGGUGGCAGACAAUUUUCUUCAAAUAUUGCUGACGUAAUUCACGAAAAUAAUUUAAGUAAUCCAACAGCAAUUAGAAACUAUUUCCCAUCAAGUGUUUUGCAAAAUUCAAGUGACAAUUACUUUAACAAUGCAGCUCAAUCAACGGCCAAUACAUAUGGUGUAAGUGGAGGUGGAGGGGGAAACCAAUUAGAACCGCAUUGUGAUUAUGGUUUAAAUUAUACGAACAACCCACAACAAACAAACUCCAGCAUGAGAGAUUCAUACAACAACCAACAAUACCAGAAUGGUAACAGGAUGACCGCACAAAAUUGGGGAUGGAACUCUAAUUUGGAAUCAAAUCAAAACUACAAUAUGGGUGGACCCAAUAACAAUUACAAUCAAAACUCCAAUUGGCAACAUUUUUAAUUAUAAUUGUAUUAAAGGAUUAGUAUUUAAUUAAAUUGUUUUAUUUAAUUAUAAAAAAGCUGUGUACUGCAGCAUGAACAUCUUUAA